CAGCCGGGUGUGAGUGAAUUAGUUCGGAAUAAAAGCGAAAUAAUAAAACACGAACUUUAUUUCUUUUAGUGUAAAAAGUGAUAUCCAUAAAGUAAUAUUAACAUUUUACAGUAACAUCACAAAGCUACCAGAACAAUGGGUGAAAUGAGUAACAAGCUCGGCCUAAAUGAACUGUCCGGAGGAGCAAAAGGAAUCAGCAAAGCUCUUCUCGCUGAAUUUGUAGGUAACCUGCUGCUGAAUCUCUUCGGAUGCGGCGCCUGCAUCAACGUCUCAAAUGGCUUGGAUGCCCCGGCUGACAUCGUGCUGAUUGCGCUCGCUUUCGGCCUCUCAGUCUUCGCUAUCGUUUCGACAAUAGGACAUGUAUCAGGUGGUCACGUUAACCCGGCGGUCACUGCUGGAAUGGCUGCAACUGGUAAAGUUAAGCCAGUGAGAGCAAUCCUGUACGUCAUCGCUCAGUGCGCAGGCGCGGCCGCCGGCUCCGGCCUGUUGAAGGCUUUCACCCCCGACGCGGUGGCUGGAAAAUUAGGUGUCACAGGGUUGGGCAAGAAUGUGACCGCACUGCAAGGCUUCGGCAUCGAGUUCUUCCUCGGAUUCGUGCUCGUUUUUGUGGUUUGUGGGGUUUGCGAUGCGAACAAACCCGACAGCAAAUCAACUGCCCCUCUCGCAAUCGGUCUCACCGUGACGCUGGGCCACCUCCUCGCGGUCGACUACACUGGCUCCGCUAUGAACCCUGCUCGCUCAUUCGGAUCUGCUUUGGUUGCCAGUGAAUGGAGUGAUCAUUGGGUAUAUUGGGCGGGUCCAGUGGCGGGCGGCGUGGCAGCGGCUCUGCUGUAUGUGCACGGGUUCUCGGCACCACCUCCCGACUCCAACUCACUGUCACCGCGCUACCGACCAGUAGCCGCCGACGAGAAAGAACUGAAGCGAUUGGACGGCAAAGGCGACGACAUGGCCUGAAGGCGAUUGCAGCGGGGACUGCCGCGACCCCCCUCACCCCUCUCCGUGCCCAGCGACAUCCGCCCCGCGCCUCUCACCACCCGUCUCCACAACUACCAACGAUGCCUGUGAAUAACAAUUAUACAACAAUAAUAAACAAUUGUACGUUUGUAUUCCUGUAUAGUUAACAUAUUGCAGCCGUCCUUUGUUACUCCGUCCUUAGCUACCCCGUUAACACAAAAGUUGUGGUUAUAAUAUGAAAACAAUCUCAAUAUUUGUUGUGAUUAGCUGAAUUAAUGGUAUAUUCUUGCUGCGACAGCGCAUUAUAGCAUGUCUGUCCAACUGUCAUGUCAAAAGUAUGGUUCAGCCUUAAAUUAUUAAGGGCUAAACUAAAAUCAUACUUUGGAUAUGACACACAGAGGAAAUAUGGCGAGUAAGUUCCCAAAAUGUACGCAACAUACUGUAGCUGUCGAACAUCACUAUUUGUUUCGUACUUGACCUGGUUUCAGUACCAAACUUACUUCCAAUUGCCACUAAGAGCCCUAGAACCCUAAGCCAAGAAUGGCAGACCCUAUAGCCGGUCAAAUAACGACUUAAAGAGUAAAGACCAAAACUGGGGCAUUAAGUUGCCUUGUGCACCACCCGGGUAAGGAAGCCACGCCUCGAGGCCCGCACCCCAGCUGGCCAAACGGGGCAAACCCACACAGCAGAUAUCAGAAUUGCGACUUUUCUGCUGAUGGCUAUGGAUGGUCAGUUGUAACAAGAUUACCACAAAUUCAGCCAAUAACAACGAUUCCGACAAUCACAAUGUGCCUUUGAUAAAAUUGAUAAAAAAACUUGAUUAAUGAUUAGACAGUGUUUAUACAUAGGUACGCC